AUGGAUGUCCCUCGCCUGAUCAAUUCCAUUGGAUGGGGAGAAAUCCUUCCUAACAAGAACUUUGGUUUUCAUCCUGAGGCAGUGAGGAUGUUCUAUGCAAACAUGAAACCAAGUUUUCAUAUCUAUCCGCCUUGUUUCACUAUGAUAGUUUAUAACUAUCUGAUAACCAUCAAUGUGGAACUGCUGUCUAUUCUUCUUGGAAUCCCCAUUGCGGGUGCAGAAGUUCUGAAUGAAUCUGACUUUCACUCUGUUGACUUCAAUGAGGGUGAUGCUCUUCGGCUGUACACCCGGGAUACUGGUCGCUACUAUCCCUCCGACUUCCACUCUGGAAGGCUUCCUGACGACCUCAAAGUCUUGCACUUCUAUAUAACUCGGUUCUUUCUUCCUCAUUCUCAUGGUCUCACCACAAUCUAUCCUUCAGAUUUGUGGAUUCUCGCUAGUGCCAAGGAGAAUCGAGUCAUUAGUUAUCCUCAUUUGAUGUUUGAUCAUAUGAUGAACUACCACGACGAACAUUAUGAGUGUGAACUUCUCUUUGCCCCUCAGAUCACUCAACUUCUGCUGGCCUUAGGCCUGGAUCUGCUAUUUAAGGUCGCUCGUGUGGAUCUGCUGAGCUCACUUCGUGCUCAGUUUGUGCUCCGCAAAGUUGAUGCAUCUGUUGGUCGACGUGGUCCUCGAGUCAAUGCUCCAGGGGGAGAAGCAGCUGAUGAUGCAGUUCCUUCACAUGAAGAUGGUCUUUAUCUUGCGGAUCUUGAUGUCAAUAAAGCUGAAGAAACACCUGAUAUAGCUGACCUGGUUGAAGCAGUAAGAGACAAAGGAAAACAACCAAUGGUGCACCCUUUAGAGGCUAUUCAAGCCAUGUUUAGACAGGAAGGGGAGGCUAGCAGCAGCAGGAAUCCGAUGAUGGAGGAUGAAGAUGCCAUCUUGGAUUAUGUUCAGUUACCAGACUAUGACUUCUAG